CUUGAUUCUUGAUAAUGAAUUCAACCCGACACAGUUUCUCCCAUCCCAUAAAAAUAAAAAUAGGAAACGAUAAGAGGUCCGGACAGAGGGUAGAGAGAUGGCAAAAUUCUCAGUGGGUAGUUUAGAUGAGGGAGAAGGAUCCAGUUCCAGGUACCAAAAGAGACGGAGAAUGGAUCGUCAACCUCAAACCGAUUCCACAGAAACUGUUUCAGAAGAAAUUGAUCAUGUAGAUGAAGAGACGGAUAUCAGAGAUCCGGAUUAUCUAGUAUUCCUUUCUAAUCAAGAAGUUCCUUUUGAAGAAGAACAAGAAAACGACGCCGAAGACGAAGAGGAAGACGAAGACGAAGCCGGAUAUGGAGUAGAAGAAGGAGGAGUUAAUAAUACGAGUGAUGAAGAGAUGGAUGAUCUGGUGGUGGAACCCGGUACAAAUGAGUCAAUUUCUGUGACGCUAACUGACCCAGAAGUUUUUGAUUGCCCCAUCUGCUAUGAGUCGUUGUCCUCUCCCGUCUUUCAGUGUGAAAAUGGGCAUAUAGCUUGCUCUUCCUGCUGCACCAAAAUUAUGAACAAAUGUCCCUCCUGUUGUUUGCCUAUUGGAUAUAACCGUUGUCGAGCAAUUGAGAAAGUUUUAGAAUCUAUCAAAGUAAAAUGUCGAAACACAAAGUACGGGUGCAAAGAAACGACGAGUUUUAGCAAGAAACUUGAUCAUGCGAAGACAUGCCACCAUGCACCAUGCUCAUGCCCCAUGUCAGACUGCAAUUUUGUUGGUUCUUGUACCCAGUUAUACAAACACUUCAGGGAUGAACAUGAGAAUUCAUCAGUACAAUUUCAGCACAACAAAGUCUUCCAAAUUACCUUAAAUGUUGAUGACACUUCGCUUUUUCUUCAAGAAGAGAAGGAUGGUGUCGUAUUUAUUCUUAACAACAGAAUUGACUGUCUGGCGAAUUCAAUUUCUGUUUGUUGUAUUGCACCCUCAACGAAGGAACGGUUCUGUUAUGAUAUUGUGGCAAAAUAUGGGAGAAGCAUCAUAACAUAUCAGUCUUAUACAAAGAACAUUCAAAGCCGGAUUGAUAACCAACCUUCAUCUAACAUCCUUCUACUUCCAGCUUAUUCCUUUGGUCAUUCUAGGCAACUCAAGUUGAAGAUUUGCAUAAGGCAUCAUGGAUGAAACAGAAAUUAAUUUUCAGGAGGGCUAUAUAUAUGUAAAAGAAAUUAUGAUCAUGUUGAUUUGAAGAAACUCUUUUGUAAACAAGUGCUGUGCUUUAUCAUUUGAAAUGUAUAUUUUAUUUUGAACAGGCAGGGAAAUGAAAAUGACCACAUGAUAAG